UACAAGUACCUAGCGAGUCUCUUGCAUUUGUCGACAUGACGACCAAGGACACAGCCUCCACCUCAUGAAUCCCCCCGACGUCCUAUUCCAGUCUACCUCGAAAUGUCGACUCCCGAUAUCUCGCAGCUGAAUCCUGCGCAGCAAGAGGCACUACAGACGUAUACUGCAGUGACCGAUCAAGACCCGAUAGCUGCCAUACCCUUGUUGCAAAGAUGCGAGUGGAACGUACAAAUCGCCAUUGCACGAUUUUUCGAUGGCGAGCCUGCAAUAGACCCAGUAGCCGAAGCUCGUUCUGCGCUGCCUGCAACCUCCGUUCGAGAAACCGCAAACCUACAAUAUGAGUCCUUACUCUCUUCAACUCGGCCCUCUACAACACGGCAAAAUCUCGAAGACGUCGUUGAAAGAGUCGACACCAGCGCUGCAGCGGAAACACAGUACCGGCCAUCCUUCUUGUUCUCACUUAUCUUUACUCCGGUCAACAUCAUAUACCGAGUGUUCACCACAGUAUUCUCGCCAUUGGGAUUCCUUGUUCCUACUUUCCUCUCGCGCCUAUUCAAUCGUCUACUAUACCAGCAGUCGAGACCUAUCCGACGAGCACUACCUCCAGCAGAAAAUGCGAGACGGUUUAUUCGGGAAUUUAGUGAAGAGUACGGGGAAAACACAUUGCCUUUCCAAGAGGCAGGAUUCAAUUUGACACUUGACAAUGCGAAGAAGGAUCUGAAGUUUCUACUUCUUGUGCUACUUUCACCGAGUCACGACGAGAACCACGCGUGGGUGCAAGAAACAUUACUCUCAAACCAGAUCAAGUCCUUCCUGGAUUCUCACAAAGAUGAGCUGAUACUUUGGGGCGGAAACGUUCGUGACUCGGAGGCAUACCAGGUAUCUGCUAGUAUACAAUGUACCAAAUUCCCGUUUGUCGCAUUGAUCUGCCAGACCACAGAGUCUGGAUCUUCGGCCAUGAGCGUGAUCAUGCGAGCAGCCGGUCCGAUGCCGGCAUCCGAGCUCGUGGCGAAACUUGGGACAGCGUUGACCGCGCACCAAGCGCAACUGGGCGCUACUCGGGCUCAGAGGGCGGAACAGGAAGCCUCCCGCAACCUCCGGGAAGAGCAGGAUUCUGCUUAUGAGCGAUCCCUGGCACAAGACCGGGAACGAGCACGACGAAGACGAGAAGAGCAGGAAGCAGCAGAACGAGCAGAGCGUGAGGCUCAAGAACAAGCACGCCUUGCCGAGGAGAGAAAACAAAAGGUCACACAGUGGAAGCAGUGGCGUGCACAAACGCUGGCGGCCGAGCCUGGAGCAGAGGUAAAGGACUCUAUCAGAGUCAGCAUCCGCAUGCCAUCAGGUGAAAGAGUGAUCCGCAAGUUCCGGGCAGAAGCGGACCUUGACGAGCUUUAUGCUUUUGUUGACUGCCACGACAUUGUAAAGAGCAGAGAAGGCGAGGAAGGGUCUGACAAAAGUGUCGACGAGCCGGCAAAUUACGUCCAUGAGUAUGGCUUUCGAUUAGUGUCGCCUAUGCCCAGAGCGGUGUUUGAGUUGCAUAACGGAGGUUCAAUAGGAGAAAGGAUAGGAAGGGGAGCAAAUCUGAUUGUGGAACCCAUAGAGGAAGAUGGUGAAGGCACAGGUGAAGAGUGAGACCAUGAGCUGAUAGUAUGGAGAUUAGCGGACAAGACCUAGUGCUGGCCUGCAGGUUCAUAUAUGUCAGGGGCAUGCAAGUUCCAAUCCAUGACAUAGUGGGCUGAAGCCGUGACCAUGGUGCAAUAUACAGUCACGACAGUAGACC